UCUGUGCCGCCGCAUCUCAGCAGUCCCUGCAUCACCACCUGCACGCUGCCGCUGCUGAGGAGGGGGAGUAGAAGUAGAAGAAGGUCCACGACGGUCCUCCUGGAACUUACUAGACGAAAGAGCACCUGACAGACGGCUCCAUGUGGCCCCGGAGCUCUCAGGACCAAGCAGGUGAUGCGGUGGCGUCGAGGCGGUGGUCCCAGCUGGCCCCGCGUUGCCCGCCGCCCCCCAUCAGCGGUAGCAGUGUGGGGCCCAACCCCACCUACUUCCAUGCCGCGUACAACGUGAGAGCCGACGAGCACUACGGGAGGCCGCCCUUGGUCGGGAUCGGUCAGGGCGACGCUUCCGUCCCACCGGUGCGCAGGAGGGGGGCGCUGGUGGUCCACCGUGACGUCAUCUUGGCCCACCAGCAGCACAAGAGGCUCAACACGCCGCAGGCCAGGAGAAAGCGAUGGGAAAUGGCGCGCUUUGGAGACGAGCACCCCAACAGGUAUGGAGGAGGACAAGGAGGACAAGGAGGGGGCAGCGGACAAGGAGGAGGGGGCGGCGGCCGAGGGGGCAGCCGCCAAGGGGGGCCCCCCGGGGCGCAGCGGAUGUACAAGCAGUCCAUGGCUCAGAGGGCUCGCACCAUGGCCCUGUACAACCCGAUCCCCGUGAGGCAGAGCUGUCUGACCGUCAACCGCUCGCUUUUCCUCUUCAGCGAGGACAACCUGGUGAGGAAGUAUGCUAAAAAGAUCACAGAGUGGCCUCCUUUCGAAUGGAUGAUCCUCACCACAAUCAUUGCAAACUGCAUCGUGCUGGCACUGGAGCAGCACCUGCCCGACGGUGACAAGACGCCUCUAUCCGAGCGCCUGGAGGACACGGAGCCCUACUUCAUCGCCAUCUUCUGCUUCGAGUCAGGAAUCAAGAUCCUGGCGCUGGGCUUCGCGCUGCACAAGGGCUCGUACCUGCGCAACGGCUGGAACGUCAUGGACUUUGUGGUCGUGCUCACUGGUAUAUUAUCAUCGGCGCGCUCUCACAUUGACCUGAGGACGCUCAGAGCCGUCCGGGUGCUGCGACCUCUCAAACUGGUGUCGGGGAUUCCGAGCCUGCAGGUGGUGCUCAAGUCCAUCAUGAAGGCCAUGAUCCCGCUGCUGCAGAUCGGCCUUCUGCUCUUCGUGGCCAUUCUCAUGUUCGCCAUCAUCGGCCUGGAGUUCUACAUGGGAAAGUUCCACACCACCUGCUACGAUGACAUUACGGGUGAGAUCGUGGACAAGGUUCCGUGCGGCGCCAAGUUGCCGUCCAGGAUGUGCCCCAACGGCACCACAUGUCGGGACGGCUGGAUCGGGCCCAACUUCGGCAUCACGCAGUUUGACAACAUCAUGUUCGCCGUACUCACAGUCUUCCAGUGUAUCACCAUGGAGGGCUGGACCGACAUGCUCUACUACAGUAACGACGUGGAGGGCAGCGCAUGGAACUGGAUGUACUACAUCCCUCUCAUCAUCAUCGGCUCCUUCUUUAUGCUCAACCUUGUGUUGGGCGUCCUCUCAGGUGAGUUUGCCAAAGAGCGAGAACGCGUGGAGAACCGGAGCGAGUUCCUCAAGCUCCGGCGACAGCAGCAGAUUGAACGUGAGCUCAACGGCUACCUGGAGUGGAUCUGCAAAGCAGAGGAGGUGAUCCUGGCCGAGGAGGACGGCACAGGGAAUUUUGAUGGUUCCCGGCGACGGCCGACCAUUAAGACCAAGAACAACAAGACGGAGCUGCUCAACACAGAGGAAGGCGAGGACAGCAUGGGAGAUGCUAUCGGGUUCGCCCGCUCCAGCAUCAAGAGCGGCAAGGACGGCACCAGCUACAGCAAGAAGGAAAGACGGCUGCGCUUCUUCAUCCGCAAGAUGGUCAAGACGCAAGCCUUUUACUGGACCGUUCUGUGCCUGGUGGGCCUCAACACCAUGUGUGUGGCGGCCGUGCACUACAACCAGCCCGAGCUGCUCUCGGACUUCCUGUUCUAUGCAGAGUUUAUUUUCCUGGGUUUGUUCAUGUCUGAGAUGCUGAUCAAGAUGUACGGUCUUGGCAUUCAGCCCUACUUCCACUCCUCCUUCAACUGCUUUGAUUGUGUGGUGAUUGUGGGCAGCAUCUUUGAGGUAGUUUGGGCCACCAUCAAGCCGGGCACGUCUUUUGGGAUCAGCGUCUUGCGAGCACUAAGACUUCUGAGAAUCUUCAAGGUCACCAAGUACUGGGCUCCUCUGCGCAACCUGGUGGUGUCUCUGCUCAACUCCAUGAAGUCCAUCGUCAGCUUGCUCUUCCUCCUCUUCCUCUUCAUCGUGGUCUUCGCUCUGUUGGGCAUGCAGCUCUUUGGCGGACAGUUCAACUUUGAGGACGGGACGCCGCCCACCAACUUUGACACUUUUGCAGCAGCCAUCAUGACAGUGUUUCAGAUCUUGACGGGAGAGGACUGGAACAUGGUCAUGUACAAUGGCAUCGAGUCUCAAGGGGGCGUCAAUGACAAGGGGAUGGUCUUCUCCAUUUUCUUCAUCGUCCUCACCCUCUUCGGCAACUACACACUGCUCAACGUCUUCUUGGCCAUCGCUGUGGACAACCUUGCCAACGCCCAGGAGCUCACCAAGGAUGAGGAGGAACAAGAGGAGGCGGCCAAUCAGAAGACUGCGCUGCAGAAGGCCAAGGAGGUGGCAGAGGUCAGCCCGCUUUCGGCCGCCAACCUCUCCAUUGCUGCUAAGGAGCAGCAGAGGAAUCACGCCAAGGUGGGCAACAAGUCUGUGUGGGAGCAGCGUACCAGUGAGAUCCGCCGGCAUAACCUGAUGACCAGUCGAGAGGUUCUCUACAACGAGCUGGAGCAGGACGACUGGAAGUUGGGAGACGAGGGAGAGGAGGUGUCGUACCCGCAGAAAGGCCGUGGCGACAUGAAGACCCACUUGGACCGUCCACUUGUGGUCAACCCGCAGGACAACCGCAACAACAACACCAACAAGACGGCUCCUGGCCAACUGCCCCUGGACCAGGAGUACCAGCGGCAGGACCUGGACCACAGCCAAUGCGCUUCCCACCACCACCGUCACCAUUACCACCACCACCAUCACCACCAGAGGGCUGACACAGUGGAACCGCCUGGCCGGGACCAACAGGGGGCAGGGGGCGACGCGGACCAAGAGGCCAGCAACCAAGAGGGGCGGUCGGCGGAAGAAAGGCACAGCCACAGGAGCCACCGGGGGCAUCGGCACAGGAACAGGGAGUGCCGAGAGAGUCGGGAUGCUUGCAGCUCAUCCCCUCGCCACACCAAUGCAGCCGAGGGCAACAAUGAGCACCGUAGAGCCAGGCAUCACUGCAAGGCCGCCAGGGAGGGUGAGCCCGGGAGGAGGCACAGGUCCAAGGGAGCCGAAGAUGAUGGAGACAAGGGCGAAGACGGGGAGGGUCGGAAGACCAGGCGUCAUCGUCACGGGAAUCAGGAUCGAAGCAGAGGACAUCGCUCUAGAAAGGAGCCACACAGUGCCGGUCCCAGCCUGUCCACCACGCGACCCAUACAGCAACACAACGAGGACCUGGACAACUUGCGCAACAACAGCAAGUUGGCCAGUCGGCCUUAUGACCUGCCGCCGCCAGAUGACCCGGACCACGUCAACAACUUGCUGAACUGCUGUAACGCUGACACCCACACCUUCCUGCACAGCAUGGACAGUCUGAUCCUGAGCAGCAUGGCCAAACCUGACUAUACCAGCAUUGACAUGCCGCCCGUCUACCCAUAUCCCUCAACCAAUGCCAUCCUGCAAGUGAACAAGAACGCAAACACGGACCAGAAGAAGGAGGAGAAGAAGGAGAACGACGAUGACGAGGGAGACGAGGAUGGACCCAAGCCCAUGCCCCCCUACAGCUCUUGCUUCAUCAUGUCUACCACCAACCCUUUCAGGAAGUGCUGCCACUACAUCCUCACCCUCAAAUACUUCGAGUUUAGCAUCCUGUCCGUCAUCGCCAUGAGUAGCAUCGCGCUCGCAGCGGAAGACCCGGUGUGGCCAGACUCGCCGCAAAAUAACGUGCUGCGCUACUUUGACUAUGUCUUCACUGGUGUCUUCACUUUUGAAAUGCUCAUCAAGAUGGUAGUGCUGGGCCUCUUCCUCCACCAAGGCUCCUACUUCCGCGACCUGUGGAACAUUCUAGACUUUAUAGUGGUUAGUGGUGCUCUGGUGGCCUUCGCCUUCACGGGAAGCAGUAAGGGCAAAGACAUCAGCACCAUUAAGUCACUGCGAGUGCUGCGGGUUCUGCGUCCUCUCAAGACCAUCAAAAGACUCCCCAAGCUCAAGGCCGUGUUUGACUGCGUGGUGAACUCUCUGAAGAACGUCCUGAACAUCCUUAUUGUCUACAUGCUCUUCAUGUUCAUCUUCGCUGUGGUGGCCGUGCAGCUGUUCAAGGGUCGCUUCUUCUACUGCACGGAUGUGUCCAAAGAAUUUGAGCGCGACUGCAGGGGCGAGUUUCUGAUGUACGAGAAGGAUGAGGUUAAAGCUCAGAAGCGGGAGUGGAAGAAGUACAAUUUUCACUACGACAACGUGGCUUGGGCCCUGCUUACCCUCUUCACUGUCUCCACUGGAGAAGGGUGGCCGCAGGUCUUAAAGGCCUCUGUGGACUCCACUUAUGAGAACCAGGGCCCCAGCCCGGGUUACCGGAUGGAGAUGUCCAUCUUUUACGUGGUGUACUUUGUUGUCUUCCCCUUCUUCUUCGUCAACAUCUUUGUGGCUCUCAUCAUCAUCACCUUCCAGGAACAGGGAGAUAAGAUGAUGGAGGACUAUAGCUUAGAGAAGAAUGAGAGAGCCUGCAUCGAUUUCGCCAUCAACGCCAAGCCCCUGACGCGCCACAUGCCCAAGAACAAGCUGAGCUUCCAAUAUCGCAUGUGGCAGUUUGUGGUGUCGCCCCCCUUCGAGUACAGUAUCAUGGCUCUCAUUGCGCUCAACACCAUCGUCCUCAUGAUGAAGUUUGAUGGCGCCUCGCCGACGUACGAUGUGGUCCUGAAGAACCUCAAUAUUGUCUUUACCACUUUCUUCUUCAUGGAGUCCAUCCUGAAGAUCAUCGCUUUCGGCCCUCUGAAUUACUUCAGAGACGCCUGGAACAUUUUUGACUUUGUCUCUGUGCUGGGAAGCAUCACCGACAUUUUGGUGACGGAAGUAGGGGACAAUUUCAUCAACUUGAGCUUUCUGCGCCUGUUCCGCGCCGCUCGCCUCAUCAAGCUCCUGCGUCAAGGCGAAACCAUUCGCAUCCUUCUGUGGACCUUCGUGCAGUCCUUCAAGGCUUUGCCGUACGUGUGCCUGCUCAUCGCCAUGCUCUUCUUCAUCUACGCCAUCAUUGGCAUGCAGUUGUUUGGCAACCUGUCACUGGAGCAGGAGGGCGACAGUGCCAUCGACCAUCACAACAACUUCAGAACCUUCGUCAUGGCCCUCAUGUUGCUCUUCAGGAGCGCCACGGGCGAGGCCUGGCAUGACAUCAUGCUGUCAUGUCUGGGAGGCAAAGAGUGUGAUCCGGCCUCUGGCAACACCGAGCCCGAAUGCGGCAGCACCUUCGCUUACACCUACUUUGUCUCCUUCAUCUUCCUGUGUUCCUUCCUGAUGCUCAAUCUGUUCGUGGCCGUCAUCAUGGACAACUUCGAGUACCUGACAAGAGAUUCAUCCAUCCUGGGGCCGCACCACCUGGACGAGUACGUAAGGAUUUGGGCAGAGUACGACCCCGCCGCCUGCGGGCGCAUACAUUAUAAGGAUAUGUACAGUUUAUUGCGAGUUAUCUCCCCUCCCCUGGGCCUUGGCAAGAAAUGCCCGCAUAGGGUGGCCUGCAAGAGGCUGCUACGUAUGGACCUGCCCGUGGCCGACGACAACACGGUCCACUUCAACUCCACCCUCAUGGCGCUCAUCAGGACGGCGCUGGAUAUCAAGAUUGCCAAAGGCGGUGCAGACAAGCAGCAAAUGGACGCUGAGCUACGUAAGGAGAUGAUGGCCAUUUGGCCCAACCUGUCGCAGAAGACACUGGACCUGUUGGUCACACCUCACAAGGCCACAGACUUGACGGUGGGCAAAAUCUACGCUGCCAUGAUGAUCAUGGAAUACUACCGGCAGAGCAAGACCAAAAAACUGCAGGCCAUGCGGGAGGAACAGAACCGACCACCAUUAAUGUUUCAGCGCAUGGAGGCUCCACCAGAGGGCGACGGCACGGACGGGCUAGGGGGGCCCGGACUUAGCAGCCUUCCUGGUACCCAGCCCGACAAUGUCAACAGCAUACCUUCUGAAAGUGGCGGGAUGACCGAAAGCCAAUCGUGGAUGACCACCAAAGCCCAGGAGAUGUUCCAAAAGACGGGUAAUUGGAGCACCGACAGGCCGUACCCCGACGACCUCCAUGACAACCCGCAGACGGUAGAGAUGCGCGAGAUGGGGCGGGACGGGUACUCUGACACCGAGCCCUGUCACCCAGUGGAUGGGCACGGGCGCACCCUCUCCAUGCCCCGCCUCUCAGCAGACAACCAACGGAGAAGACACAGGCCUCGCGGCAAUAACCUGAGUACCAUCACGGACACCAGUCCCAUGCGGCGCUCCACCUCCAGCCUGGUCCACGGGCGUUCGGGUCGGGGCGUCAGGCUGGACGACUACCCCCUGGAGAGGGUGGUGUCUGAGGAGGGUCGGCACGGCAGUGGCGGGGGGCGCCGACACAGGGACCGAAGCCACCGCACCUCACAGCGAUCCCUCACCAGAUACACUGACGCAGACACAGGCCUGGGCACAGACCUGAGCACCACCACGCAGUCGGGUGACCUGCACCCCAAGGAGCGCGAGCGCGACCGGGGCAGGACCAAGGACCGGCGCCCCCACCACCACCACCACCAUCACCACGGCUCCACCGACAAAGAGCGCUACGAUCGACAUGACCUAACCCACAGACACUCACACGACAGACACUGGUCACGUUCACCCAGUGAGGGUCCAGACGGACGGGGCCACAGACAGGGCAGUAGUUCGGUGAGCGGCAGCCCCGUUCCCUCGACCUCGGGGACCAGCACGCCGCGGAGAGGCCGUCGCCAGCUGCCCCAGACCCCCGCCGUACCCCGUCCUCAUGUCACCUACUCCCCUGCCGUCCGCAAGCCCAGCUACGGUCCCCCGGGGCCAGGCCGCCUGCACUCGCCUUCCCCACGACACUUCUCCCCCCCAGACCUCGACAGGGGCUACCACCACCGGCCACCAUCCCGUCAAGCCUCUCCCCACCACGGGGGCUCUUCGUCCAGGCACGUGUCGCCCCGCUCCCCAAGGCACGGUUCACCCCGCUCCCCAAGGCACGGGUCUCCCCGCUCCCCAAGGCACGGGUCUCCCCGCUCCCCAAGGCACCAGUCCCCCCGCUCGCCCAUUCACGGUUCACCGCGGUCCCCGCACAGAGGCCGCUGGAACGGACCUCCGCUGGAGGACAGUCUGGAGGGGGACGGGCCCUUCUAUGAGCGUGAUUUCGAGUAUGAGCGGCACCACGAGCCCCCUGCGUAUGAGCAAAGCCUUUCCCAUGGCAACCCCCACACUCAUGCAGGAAACCCCCACCCGCACCCCCGCUCGCCUAGGACUGCCCGCCACGGGCCCCCUCCUCCGAACCCUCAUCCGCAUCCCCGCCGGGUGCCCAACGGCUACCGUUCGUCCUCGCCUUCUCCACAUCAAAGGGGGCCACCUGGGGCACCUCACCCGCACCACCGGCCCCCUCAUGCCCGCGGACCCCGCAAAGGCUUGCAUGAACCUUACAGCGAGACAGACGAGGAUGACUGGUGCUAGCGACUGGAUUACGGCAGAAAUGAUAGGAGAAGAACAGCAACCUCCAGGGUUCUGGCCUUGCAUCUGCAGACUUGAUGGGGAACUGGGUGGGGGGUCUGGACAUCCUCCCGAGGACCCUGCCUUCAGCGCCUGAACUCUGUGAGUGAGACUGCAGGCAGAGACCAGGCGGGCGAUGGUGCUCUAAAUAGACUGACAAACAGAAGCUGGCCAAGGCUACCUGGGCUAUGCUUCCCAGAAUCUGCUGCUGGGAAGCCGAGCUGCCCGCGGUAACGUGGAGCAUGUGGUUUUAACAAAGAGUCCUGACAAAUGGUUGGGGUUUCUGAGGCCAAAACCGCUCCUUGUGAUUGGCUGAAUCCUUCUUCUUCUUCAGGUUACUCGCUGGCCAGUCUGCUUCUUGGAACUCUCCAAGCGGCUUCUGCUGCUUCCACUCACAUUUUUAAGGGACAUGAGUUCGUAAAAAGUCAGACCCUCUUCCCUCUCCCCAAUCAGACCCUUACAUGCCAAGCUUUGCCUGCAGGAAAAAUCACACUCAAGAACAAAACUUUUGCCUGAGGAGAGAAAAAGGGAGGAAAACCACUUGAUCUUGAACUUUUUUUCCAAGGAUAGAACAAGGAAGCUCUGCCUGUUCUGCAAAAAACAGCCAAUCCCAGUGCUGGCUGAUAUUUGAUGAGUUUUAUCAUCUCUGUUUACUGUUACAGACUCUCCGUGCUGGUAUGACAUCAAUUCCUGUACGGUGGGGUGCAUGCUCAGCUCUGUGUAAGCCCCACCCAAGCGUAGCCUGACAGGAAGUGAAAUCACGCAGUGGAACGGGUGUAGAAGAGGAAAGAAAUGAUAGACUAAUUUCUUCAGUAUAUUUCUUCUCGUUUACUUCUUGUUGUUCUUCUCGGACAUUGGAAGCUCUUCUGUUUUCGUUCACUCCUUUGAGCCUUUUUGGAUGGAAACCUGCAUGUUUGAAUCAACACAUAGUAGAGAGGAAACUGAACCCCAUGUUUUGGGACUUUGGGGUUGUGGAGCUUUACAUUUACGUUUACAAAACGAAGUUCUCUUCUCUCUUAGACUCUUUCUCUCUUUGACGGUUGCUUACCUCCUGGAAGAGAAGCAGCUUUUGUGGUCAGGUUUUUAAUGGGGGUUGACCAGGGUGGGUUCUGGGAUUUUGGGGGGCACGCCAAGAGAGAGACAGAGCAGAGGGAAGUGAACUUCUGCCACCUGGUAUUUAGUAUUGUUCAUGAUGAUAGUCUUGAUAAAAAUGUCCAUGCAGAAUGACAAUGAUGUUGAUGAUUGUUAGCGCUGUUGCUGUAGAGUUGUUGUCACGUUCUUUGUUAUCCCUUCAAUUAUGCCAAGUCCAUCUUGUUUACAUCUCUGGCUUACGUCGAUGAUCCCUGGUCCCGAGAAGGCGAUGUUUCAGGCUGGCUCAAGGGGGAAGUCAGGGAGUUCUUUUGGUUCUCGUCUUACCAAAACCCAAAGAAGAAAAUGGUUAUAAAAUACGUUAAUCAUCCCUCUUUUUUUGUAGCGUUGUCGGAGAACUGAGCAGCACAACCGCCCGAUUUAGACCUCCCCUUUGGUCCCUUCCCCCUGUAAAGUCACGUUACACCACUUCCGUGCCAUCGGUGACCUCCUCUGCCCAAGCCCUCCAUUCAGGUCUGGACUGGGUACCAGGUACUGUAGCACAGCCGAGUCCUCUUCUGCCAAAAUCCGGCAUCAGUAUUCAACAGCCUGGUUUCGUCUCCACUCGGCUUUCAUUCAGACUAACCUUAGAUAAGGUGUUACGGGACGCCUUUCUUUUGGUCCUCGUUUUUAUGAAAUAUUCUAGACUUAGAUAAUCGACUCCUAUAGAUGAGCUCCUGAAUAUAGAUAUAACUGUAGCCGUAGUUCUCGAUAGCUUUUUGAUUCGGUUGCCACUCUUGAACUUGCACUCUUGAAGAUCCUAGAUCUCCCCCAAAACCAUAGUCCACAUCUUUUGACUCUAUGCAGACCUCAUGAGCGUCCUUAUGGUUUCCGCAGGAGCUGUAAGGCCCAGAUCCCUGAUGGAAGCCGACAAACGGGUGACGGUCGGAACCACUUGCACACUUGCGCAAUGCGAGACCCCCUGCAUGUGUUUCCCCCUCCCUCUCCGCACCACGUGUCACCUCCAGCGCCUAUGAGUAGAGCACAGACUUGUUCGUUUUUUUGCGGUUGUUGUUUGGCAGGAAGUGAAAGGGCACAAACUGGAAGCCCGUCUGCAGUUACUUAACCCAGAAUCCCGGACCCCGACAGAGCCGCAGUGCCUUCUGUAUCGAGUCACAUUAGUCCAACGCCUGCCAGCCCGCUACCGCCGGCUGUAUUCGAAAAGGUCAAAAACAUUGCGCCUUAAAAGUCCCUCUGGGUCCUUUGCGGUGGUCUCGACACAGGGCCCACGAGGGGGUGACACUGACAUCGCUCAAAAUGGAACCCAAAAGUACCAUCCUGUAGGUAUCCGGGGCAGGGGAAUCACCCAGUGACUUUCGGCCCCUUCAGGCCAACGCUGCAAAUUGAAAAUACGAGGAUUUCCCCAUCCCCUGCGAAAAUCUGCAAAUAAUUGACCCCCUCGCCCAAAAAAAAAAAGGUUUAUAAUUUCCUAUGGAUGCCACAAGAUGGCAACACUUUUCUAUUACAAAGGGCUUUGGCCUGUCUAAUAGAAGCUCCUCCCCUCACGUCAACAUAGUUCCUUGACACCAAUACACCAUGGCGCCGAAGCACUGCUUUUAUAUUAAACAAGGCUUUGCCCUGAGCACAGAAACAGCAAAUGGGCGAGUUUCUCCGUAAAGAACCGAGAAUAGGUUCCCCCAAAAAUGUGCAAAUAGGUGAAUUUGCGAGAAACGAAUCGCGACUAUACUGGGGAGCACUGUUUUCUCAACAAAAUCUGUCUUUGUUCUUGUAACAAUAGCAUUUUUUUCUUGAAAAAAAAUACGACUUUAUUGUAAAAACGUUACAACUUUUUUUCUCCCAAAAAUAUUCAUUUAGCGUAACGUGAUGAUUUUUUUUCUGGAAAAUAGGCAACUUUUUUCAUUCCUAUAGGGGUACACAUUGUACAGUGGUACCUUGAUUUGCAAAUGUAAUCAAUUAACUAUAACAAUCUCAAAUUGUGAGUGAUACACGGUAUCCCGCAAGGAUUUUGUGGCGGUAAAUCUAAAUCCUGCUCGUACCUCCAAUUUUGGCUUGUAACACAGCAGUCAAUAUAACCUGACAAUAGUACACGUGUAAACUGAUCAUGAAAUAAAGAAAACUAAUCUCUCUCUCUGGCCCAACCGCGCCUGAAGAAAAACAACCAAUCAGAGACAGAAGGGGUGACUGACGAGGUGCCAAUCAUUUAUCGUGGCACUUUCAGCCACACCAAUAGCGGGCACACCCUCGGUGCUUCAGUAAAAGUAAAGCGUUGGCCCCCCAAAAAACAAUCAAGUAAGUCAAGGUACCACUGUACAGAAGUUAUAUUCAGUUGGCGUUCGGAUUACGUGGGGGUCGUUGAAAAAAGUUGUCCCCCUUAAGGGCUCUCUGUGCCCAACAAGGUUGAGAAGCCCUGCUUGAAGCGUCUCCUUCGUUUGCGUUACGAUCAUUGGAUUGGCACGGCAUUGCGGGUCAGCGGCGUGUGGACAAACAUGCAACUCAAGGGCUCUCUUUGCAAAACAUCACGUGGGUUUUCUUGUACAGUUUCAAGUGCUGCCAAAAGUCAUGCUUACGUAUGUAGCUCAAGCCGCACAUGGCGCUGGUUCCCCCCCCCCCGCCAUGUACAGCCCUAGGAGAGCGGUUAUUGGGGUGUGUGUCUUGGGGGCGGUGGGUGUUUAAAGGGCGUUAGUGGCGGUAUCAGCAGUAAUUUCACAUAAAAAGGCACUGGGCCAUCAUGUCACAUCAUGCUAUGAAGUCAUAACCACAUGAUGUCAUCACGCAGUGUCAUCAUCACCAUGACGUCCCAGCCACAGGGAGGCAUUCACUUUGUGUGUGCGUGAGAGAGAGAUAUUUGAACAGCUGUUUGUCAUGAUUGUUGUUUUAUUUAACAAUAAUAAUAAAAAUAAUUUGGAGCCUCCUGAUGGUGCAGUAAGGACAGUAGUAAAAAGCAUACAAUUUAUUAGCAUACAUCAGUACUAGAGCAUAUUUUAACAUUGCAGUAUUAUCGAAAGGCCAUAUAUUUUUUAUUUUUUUUAAUUGUCUAGUAGUUUUCUUAGCAAUAUAUUUUUUGAUAUAUUUGUGAAUGUAUUUUUGUUACUUAUCUUAAAUUUAUUUUUAAGUAUAUUUGUGAAUUCAUGUGAGAAUUUAGUUUUGGUUUAUUUUUACAAUGAUUUAUUUUUAACUAUAUUUCAUUGUGAAUUUGUUGGAACAUUUCAUCAAUUCGUUUUAAAUAUAAAUGGAUUUUCAUUAUUCAUCAAUUACUUUUACAUAGAUUUGUGAAUUUUUUUUCCAUUUUAUUUUUUCUCAUCAUUCAUUUGGGAUUUUUUCUUUUCCAAAUGGCCUAAAAAAUUAAAGCAGUAACUGUUUGGCCUUUAUUUUUAAUUAGGCACAUGAUGUCAUUUGUGGCACUCCAAAACAACAAACAAAUGACAUUGGUGAUGUUAAAAAACUAACCGUGUGUGUGUGUGUCUGUCCUAUCAACCCACUCAACCUUCCAUUGUCCACGUCGACUCUGUAAAUUAUGUACACUUUGAAGCAUAAAAGUUUGUCAAUGGAAAUGUCUGUCUGUCCUCGUCUUGCCUCUCAUCCAACUUUUAAAAAUCCCGCUUCGCGCAG